GGAGAUGCCGUCACCGGCCGGGGGGCGAGGUGGCCGCGCCGCGGCCACAGAAUCCCGGCGAGACGACCGUGAGUCGCUCGAUCGCUCACGGGCUCGCGGAUUGCAUUAUCCUCACCUGCCGCCGCUGCUGCUACGCCCGCCAUUCUUUCUGUCGCCUACUUGCUUCCUCCUCUUCCUCUUCCUCUUCCCUCGUCUCCCCGGCGCCACCUGACUGAUUGGAUUGGUAUCGAUCCAAGCCUAUCAGCCUAGCUAGUGACCUGAGUACUCUGCUGUCUGCUGCCUGAAUCUGAAUCGAUCGAUCACUCGCUCGCUGCCUGAAGAGAGCAAGAAUCGAUGGUUGCACGGCCAAGAUUGCUACACCUUCGCUGAUAAAUAGCCGAGGACAAUCUCAUCGGCAUCCAUGGCGGGCAGCAGCAGCUCGAAGGAGAUAGUCGACGCGGUGGAGAAGUGGAUGGCGUUCCCCACCUCCGGCGGCGGCGGCGCCACCGCCGGCUUGGAGAUCGUCGCCGAGGAUGCGCCUAGCGGAAGCAGCGGCGCCCACCAGCAGCAGGCGUGGCGUCCGGUGGCGCCGGCGACGGCGGGGCGCGACAGCGGCGGCACGGGGAGCGGCAAGUCGUCGGUGGACGGCGGCGUCGGGCGCGCGUCGCACGACUCCCUGCCGCGGGUGUCGCAGGAGCUCAAGGACGCGCUGUCGAGCCUGCAGCAGACGUUCGUGGUGUCCGACGCGACGCGCCCGGACUGCCCCAUCAUCUACGCCAGCGAGGGGUUCUUCACCAUGACCGGCUACUCCCCCAGGGAGGUGGUCGGCCGCAACUGCCGCUUCCUCCAGGGCCCCGACACCGACGCCGCCGAGGUGGCCAAGAUCCGCGACGCCGUCAAGCACGGCCGCAGCUUCUGCGGCCGCCUGCUCAACUACCGCAAGGACGGCGCCCCGUUCUGGAACCUCCUCACCGUCACCCCCAUCCGCGACGACAACGGCAAGGUCAUCAAGUUCAUCGGGAUGCAGGUGGAGGUGAGCAAGUACACGGAGGGGCUCAGCGACAAGCGGAUGCGGCCGAACGAGUUGCCGGUGUCGCUCAUCCGCUACGACGAGAGGCAGAAGGACAAGGCGAUGUCGUCGAUGACGGAGGUGGUGCAGACGGUGAAGCAGCCGCGCGGGGCGCGCGCGCCGGCCGACGCGGCGCUGCUGACGCCGCCCAAGAUGAGCGACGCGGACAAGAUGGCCGCCAUGUCGCCGGUCGUGGCACCCGGCACUCCCUCGGGCGGAGGAGGAGGAGCCGGGUCCUUCAAGUCGCCGCUCUGGGACCUGAAGAAGGAGGAGUCCCGCCUGAGCCGGCUCGCCAGCGGCCGCAAGUCCGGCCGCUCCUCCCUCAUGGGGUUCAAGAUCGGGAAGAGGAGCUCGGUGGGGAGCAGGGAGGCGCCGGCGGUGGUGGAGGAGCCGGCGCCGGCGCCACCGCCGGCGCCGGAGGUGGUGGAGAGGACGGACAGCUGGGAGCGGGCGGAGCGGGAGAAGGACAUCCGGCAGGGGAUCGACCUGGCCACCACGCUGGAGCGCAUCGAGAAGAACUUCGUCAUCACCGACCCCAGGAUCCCGGACAACCCCAUCAUCUUCGCGUCGGAUAGCUUCCUGGAGCUGACGGAGUACACGCGGGAAGAGAUCCUGGGAAGGAAUUGCAGAUUCCUUCAAGGGCCGGAGACCGACCAGGGCACGGUGGACAAGAUCAGGGAGGCCAUCAGGGAGCAGAAGGAGAUCACGGUCCAGCUAAUCAACUACACCAAGAGCGGGAAGAAGUUCUGGAACUUGUUCCACCUUCAACCCAUGCGCGACCAGAAGGGGGAGCUUCAAUACUUCAUUGGUGUGCAACUUGAUGGAAGUGAUCAUGUUGAACCCCUCAGGAACCGCCUUUCGGAGAAUACUGAGAUACAGAGUGCCAAAUUGGUCAAAGCUACAGCAGAGAAUGUGGAUGAUGCAGUCAGGGAGCUUCCUGAUGCCAACUUGAGACCAGAGGAUUUGUGGGCAAUUCACUCAAUGCGUGUUUCUCCAAAACCUCACAAACGGAAUAACCCUUCUUGGAUAGCUAUAGAAAAGGCUACAAAUUUAGGGGAGAAGAUUGGCUUGAAACACUUCAAGCCUGUAAAACCUCUCGGCUGUGGUGACACUGGCAGUGUGCACUUGGUUGAGCUACAAGGAAGUGGUGAAUUAUUUGCAAUGAAGGCCAUGGACAAGUCAGUGAUGUUGAACCGCAACAAGGUACAUCGAGCUUGUAUUGAAAGAGAAAUAUACGCACUAUUGGAUCAUCCAUUUCUCCCAACAUUGUAUACUUCAUUUCAGACGCCAACACAUGUUUGUCUCAUAACAGACUUUUGUCCGGGAGGAGAACUCUUUGCAGUGCUUGAUAGGCAACCCAUGAAAAUUUUCAGGGAAGAAUGUGCAAGGUUUUAUGCUGCAGAGGUUGUAAUUGGUCUCGAGUACCUUCAUUGCCUAGGUAUUAUAUACCGUGAUCUGAAGCCAGAAAACAUUUUGCUCCAAGCAGAUGGGCACAUUGUACUGACUGAUUUUGAUCUUUCAUUUUUGACGACUUCAAAACCCCACGUGAUAAAAAAUUCCACAUCAUUAAAACGAAGAAGGUCACAAGAAUUUCUCCCCCCAACAUUUGUCUCAGAACCUUCCACUCCAUCAAAUUCAUUUGUUGGUACUGAAGAGUAUAUCGCUCCAGAGGUUAUAACGGGUGCAGGGCAUACAAGUGCAAUCGAUUGGUGGGCUCUCGGAAUUCUAUUGUAUGAGAUGCUGUAUGGGCGUACACCUUUCCGAGGAAAGAACAGGAAAAAGACAUUUUAUAACAUACUGCACAAAGACCUUACAUUUCCCAGUAGCAUUCCGGUUAGUCUUGCAGCAAAGCAAUUAAUCCAUGGAUUACUUCAGAGAGAUCCUUCAAAUCGUAUAGGUUCAAAUGCUGGUGCAAAUGACAUCAAGCAACAUUCCUUUUUUCAAGACAUCAAUUGGCCACUCAUACGUUGCAUGAGCCCCCCUGAACUAGAUGUUCCUCUGAAACUAAUUGGCAAGGAAACUCAACCAAAAGCGAAGCCUGAUGAAGAUGUUCCCCUAAAUCUUGAUACAUUUUAAGGGUAGAUCAAACUGGAGCAGUUCUUUUUCCUGUAUAGUAAUAAGAGGCUUCAUGUGAUGUUAGCAUUGUUGAGUGUUUUCAGUCUGAGCUGCCUCAAAAUCGUGUACAUGAUUAUUCUUUUGGUUAGGUAAAGAUCUUAGUACUUCACAUAAAUAGGAUAUAUUCUUGUAAAGCUUAUACUCUUUUCUUGGAGAUGAUUCAAUAAAGUAGUAGUGUUUAUAAUAUA